AUGGAAACAAUAAAUUCGCUCAAUGAUGAACAAAUAAAUUAUCAACAACCUAAAUCUAGCAGAAGUGUUCGUAUACAAACUAAAUUAACUGCAAAUAGACUCGAUGAUGAACCGGAAAAUUAUCGAGAGUACAUACGGACUAAAAAUAUUGGCGUACAAACAACAUCUACAGGUAUUCAGUUCGGUGAUAAUGUAACGAACGAACGUCAACAUUCAAGAAAUAAAAGAAGGCAUAUCAGGAAUAAUGCAGUACAUCCGUUAGAUGGAACAGUUGAAAAUCUUAACCGAGAAGUAACACAUGAUCAAAGACAAACGAUAAUACCAAAAGAAGAUUUCAAUACUGACAUAAAUACUUCUUAUCAAAAAUACACAAACCUUGCAGGACUUAUUAUUAAAGAUAUUGGUAAAAGUGAUGGAAUAGAAUUUAGUCCUAUUGUAGGAUAUUCUGAUGAACCUAUAUUACCACUUGCACAAGCAUGUGCACCAUUAAAUGAUAUUUUUCAUAAUUUAUCAUGUUAUGUUGAAUUAGCAUUAAGAGAAACUCCUGAACAACCACCUGAUGGAUUAACAAUUGAUGAAAGUGCUGCUAUACGUCUUUAUACAAUUGAAUGGGAUAGUCCUUAUCGAAGUCUUUAUUCAUUACUCAAUUAUAAUCUUAAAAAUCGUGAUCGUCAAGCACUUCUACCUUAUUUCCGAUAUCUUAAAUUAUUUUUAACUGCUCAAAUUAAAUUACCAUGUGUUCCACCAUUAACUGUUUGGAGAGGAGUAACUAAAAAUUUAAGUGCAGAAUUUCCACCUGGUUCUGGUAUGACUUGGUGGGCAUUUUCAUCAUGUACUACCGAAAUGACUGUACUUGAAAAUAAUAUGUAUUUGGGUAAAGAAGGUGAUCGAACACUUUUUUCUGUUGAAGCUAUGAAUGGUCGAACAAUUAAAGCACAUUCACAUUUUGUAACGGAAGAUGAAAUUGUUCUUAUGUCAGGUACACAUAUGAUUGUUCAAUCACAACUUAAUCCAGCACCUAAUCUUUAUAUUAUUCAUUUGAAACAAGUAGAACCAGAAGUACCAACACUUGAACCACCAUUUGAAGGUGCACAUAUUUAUCCAAAAAUUUCACGUCCAUUCUAUCGCAAGAAAAGAUUUAUGAUUCCAAUUUGUUUAUUACUUACUCUUGCUAUUGCAGGUGCUAUCAUUGGUAUUAUUUCAGGAACAAAACAUACUUCACCAAAAUAUGCAUGCAAUAAUCCGUUUACAUCAGCCGGUACUUUCGAUACUGGGAAAUACCCAUCUUCUUCUGUACUUGGCUACUUUAAUAAUGAUACAUAUCUUGAUUUGGCAAUUGCAAACUCAAAUGAAAACUCUGUGAAUUUACUACUAGGUGAUAAAGACCCAUUUUUUCGAAACACACGACCUGCUACUGGUAAUACACCGUCAUAUAUGAUCUCCGUUGAUGUGAAUAAUGAUACGGAAAUAGAUUUGAUAGUGACUAACACAAAUGACAAUACAAUCAGUGUUCUAUUAGGUUUGGGAAAUGGGCUUUUUCUGACUGGAGUCUUUUAUAAUGUUGGUACAAGUCCAAAUUGUGCAACAUCUGGCAAUUUUAAUAAUGAUAAUCAAGUGGAUAUAGCAGUAUCGAAUCAAGAUGACGGUACCAUUACUAUACUAUUUAACAAUGGAAAUGGUUUAUUUUCAACGAAUACCAUUGUUCCAAUUUCUCCGUCUCCAGCUAUCUUAGUAUCUAACGAUUUCAAUAAUGAUGGCAUAAUGGAUUUAGCAGUAUCGUAUAGUUACGAUUCCCAUAUUGAUGUAUUGUUUGGCUAUGGAAAUGGGUCUUUUAACGUUGCAAUUCCAUAUUCCACUGGUCGCUAUCCAACUUCGUUGAUAUCUUCAGAUCUUAAUAAUGACAAAAAAAUGGAUUUAGUAACGGCUAACAGUAAUGAUGGCACUCUCACCAUACUUCUAAACAAUGGAGAUGGAAGCUUUACUACAACCACCAUUGGACGAAUUGGCUAUCGCUUUACUUCUUUGAUAGCAGGUGAUUUCAACAAUGAUAAUAUAACAGAUUUAGCAGUAGCAAGUGGUCAGGGUGUGAUUAUGACUACAACUGUAAUUUAUGAUUCGACUGGUAGUAAAAAUCCAAUUGUGGGUGGGGGUACAGAUGGGGUUAUAGGUGUGGGUAUAGGUGGAGGUAUAGGUAAGGGUAAGCGUGCGGCUGUGUCUGUUACUAAUAGGAAUCCUUAUAUUGGUGUGUCUAGUGGUCGUAAUCCUUAUCAUUUUAGUUAUAAUUAUAGUUAUUAUAAUAAUAGUAUAUAUGUACUACUUGGUAAUGGCGACGGAACUUUCCAGUCUAGCAUCAUGCAGUCGCUUAACUAUUAUCCCCUACACAUUAUUGGAGCUGACUUCAAUAAUGAUAAUAUAACAGAUUUGGCAACAUUAAACGAUAUUGGUUACACUAUUAGUUUGUCACUUGGUGUUGGCGGUGGUAGUUUUAGCAGCGAAAUUGAUUAUGUAGUUGAUGAAUAUUGUAACUGGCUAUUAGCAUAUGAUUUCAAUAGUGAUCAAAAUCAAGAUAUUGCAUUGAUUACUCAAAAUAAUAAUGAUAUCAUUGUAUUACUUAGCAGUGAAGAUCCGAUAACUUUUCAAGCUCCACUAAACAAUACUGUUGGAACAUUUCCAAUUAAAAUUAUAUCAAAUGAUUUCAAUAAUGAUACUAAACAAGAUUUAGUAGUAGUCAAUCAAAAUGAUAACACAAUCGAUGUACUUUUUGGGCAUGGAGAUGGAUUUUUUGAUACUCCAAUCAGCUAUGAAGUCGGUGUAUCACCUUCUUAUGUGACAUCAGCAUAUUUAGAUUCUGACAGUACGCUUGAUUUGGUAGUAGCAAAUAGUUUGGAUGCCACUAUCAGUGUACUAUUUGGGAACACAAAUGGAACUUUUCAAAUUACAAAUGUAUAUCAACUUAUAGGACCUCCGACAUGUGUUAUCUCAUCUGAUCUAAAUAACGAUGAAAAACAAGAUUUAAUAGUCACAAAUACAAAUAACAAUACAAUUGGUAUAUUUAUUAAUAAUGGAAGUGGAAUCUUUAGUUAUUCAAAUGAUUAUAAAGUUGGUAGAACACCAAGUUCUAUAGCUGCAGCUGACUUUAAUAAUGAUAACAAUAUUGAUUUAGUAGUUGCCAACUCUGGUAUUAAUACUAUCAGUCUAUUAUUCAACAAUGGAAAUGCAAGUUUUGGUAAUGCAACAAAUCUUAUAGUUGGAAGAAACCCAAAAAGCGUGUCCACAGGUGAUUUUAACGCUGAUGGAAAUAUAGAUAUAGUAGUUGUUAACGGUGGUAGUAAAACUCUUGGUGUAUUACUUGGUUAUGGAAAUGGGAGUUUUCAAGCUCAGAUCACGUAUCCAACAGAUAACAAACCUUCUUCUGUAGUAAUCGGUUAUUUUAAUAAAGAUAAUAAAUUAGAUCUGGCUGUUACAAAUUCUAACAGUAAUAGUUUAUCUAUUUUUUUGAACAUCUGCGAUGGUUGA